AUGGCGAUUAUUCUUAAAGGCAUUAGACAAUCUGACGAUUAUAAAAUUAAUCCAAAUGAUACAGUCCUAGAAGAAACCAAAACAUUAACAUCUAGAGAUAUUGAAAAAGGAAUCUGUGAAAAAUGCGGAAUAACUAAUCAUCAAGAAAAAGAAGAAGAAAACGUCAACAUUACAGUAUUUUCCGACGGAACUGAAACUAAAGCAUUCUGCGACGACUGCUUGGGAACUAUAAAAAUAGAAACUUAA